GCGCGGUCAAACAGUGCAGGGCAGUGCACGGCAAGGUGCGCAUUUAUCACCUCAGACAUCACCGACACACCGCAGCUGAUUGUACGAGCCUCCUUUGGACAUUGUUGCUGACCCACCCGGACAAUUUAAAAAUGACCAGUCUGUAUCCGCUGAAAUCAGUCAUUUCCAUCGAGAAUGUGGACGACACAUCGCUGGCUCUGCCGUCCAAAAACCAGUACCGAUCAGGCCAGCAGCGCGUCCUGGAUCAAGUGCAAACUAUCAGGAGGACCAGAUCGAGGCAGUCCACCAGCAGGAGUGGAUCUACUUCCUUAUCUCCAACAAGCCCUGUGUAUGACUCCGUGUUUGUAGAUGCUUUGAAGUCACAGUCGAACACAUCUAAUGGAAGUCUCUUCUUCGGGAAUGGCUUGUCUAAACCUGGAUCCAGUGUGAAGAGGAACACAGCAGCUUCUACCUAUCAUUAUGAGAGGAGUUACGCCCCUGUCGGCUCCAUGGCAGUCGGUCAAACCAACACCAGCCGCAGCGAGCCUGAUAUGGCCUGGCAGCGUGCCAUGCCAAAACGCUCUGCUCCUCCGCAGAGACUCCUUUCCAACAUGAGCACCUACAGGGCAGAAAGGGCCACCAGUCAUUUUUUAUCGAGCGCCACAUCCCAGCCUCUGUACACUAUAAAUGGCACAGGUCAGACCAAAACAAACACAGAGUUUGUGUGCAACCGAGUUGGCAUGUCUAAAACACUUCCAAAGCCUCCAGUUACCGAGUGUGCUCCGAAGAGCAGAGGAGAUACUGGGUUAAAUGACAACAGUGGAGUUGCUGAUAUCACUAUGAAGGAGGCUGUGGAGUAUCUUUCCAGCCAUGAGGAGACAUAUCAGCACUGUGGCGCUUCCUACAUACAGCACAACACUUUCAUUGAUGACAAGGCUAAAGAGGAGGUGCUGAAGCUCAAUGGGAUCCCUCCCUUGGUGGGUCUGCUGCGCAGCCCCAGUCCACUGGUCAACCAGACAGCCUCGGCUGCCCUCCGUAACCUGUCCUUUAAAAGCAACAGUAACAAGGAGGUGAUACAUCACUGCGGUGGCAUCACAGAGGCUGUGGCUCUGCUCAGAGAUACAGACUCUGUAGAGAUACAGAAACAGCUGACAGGUCUGCUGUGGAAUUUGUCCUCUGUAGACAGCCUGAAGCCAGACCUGCUGAAGAGUGCUCUGCCUGUCUUAAUGGAGCGUGUGAUCCUGCCUUACACAACAGGUCCUAACAGGACCAACAGUGACAGCCAAGACCCUGAGGUCUUCUUUCAUGCCACCGGAUGUCUGAGAAACCUAAGCAGUGUGAAGCAAAGCAACAGACAGGCGAUGAGAAAAUGUCGAGGUUUGAUAGACUCUUUGGUCAGUUAUGUUAAAGACUGUGUGGACGCAGGAAAUCCAGAUGAUAAGUCUGUAGAGAACUGUGUGUGCAUCCUGCACAACCUGACAUUCCAGCUGGAGGCAGAGGCUCCGGCUCUGUUCAGCAGGAUCACAACUUUGGCCCAGACUGUCAACAGGAGCCACAGCCAGGGCGACACUGGCCCUAUCGGCUGCUUCAGUCCACAGAGCAAAUCGCCCGAACAGGAGCGCCACUUUGACUUCCCAGUCGUUGAGGAUCCACAACCUAAUGGGGCAGGUUGGCUGAUUCACUCCAAAACUUUGCAGAGUUACCUGUCUUUGCUUGACUCUAGCCAGCAAGAAGAAACACAGGAAGCCUGUUGUGGAGCGCUGCAGAACCUCACCGCACAUGAAGGCAUUAUCUCCGGUGUAAUGAGCCAGAUCAUUGUGCAGAAGGUGAAUGGACUGCAAAUCAUCAGUCCUCUUUUAAAGUCAAACAAGGUCAACUUGCAGAGGAGCACAGUGGCUUUGGUAGGAAACCUGACCAAGAACCCAAACCUGCACAAUGCCAUAGCUCGUAAAGCCCUCCCGGAGCUGCUUGGCAUCCUCAGUGCAGGCACCAAGGAAGGUAAUGAGUCUGAUGACACACUGGCCAUGGCCUGCCAGACCUCCAACUGCCUGCUUAUGAAGGACCCUGAGAUGGGCAAGCGGCUGUUAAACAACAACCUGAUCAACUCACUGAAGGAUCUCAGCCAAAACGAAUAUUUCCCCAAAACUAGAAAAGCUGCAGCCCUGCUUCUCUACAACCUCUGGUCAGAAAAAGAUUUACAAAGCUUCCUGAAAAAGCAAGGGAUGAUUAAGUCCUCAUUUGUGAAUGAUGUCACCAUGGCGGCACAGAAGUCGGUUCAAAUUGUCGAUUAACAGUACAGCCUAAACGGAUCUCUGAAAGUCACUUACUGAAGUAUCUCACCUGCAAGUCCUCUGCACGUCCACGGGACGUAUACACUCUGAGGCUGAGCAGCAUCCUUUCUCAUUUCACAAAGACUUACAGAUUGUUUUUAUACAUGUAUCCUUAUAAUGUUCCCAUCAACAAAAGGUUGCAUACACUAGCCCUGUAAAUGCUGUAAGGUUACUUUUGUUUUGUAGGAAAAAAGGUGAAGGUGUUAAGAUGUAACAUAUUAGCAAACAGACCUGUCAUUGCUUGUUUUAACUGCUGUCAAAUGUCUUUUAAUGUAAGUUUUAUGUCUGUGCCUGCAAUGUGGUACCAUGAGCUUGCUUUAUUAGAUAAUAACAUGAGUGUUAAUAUUUCAUUUUGCACUGAAAUUGCUGUUUUAUAUCAUAACACAACAUUGUAAAAAAAACGGAUUAUGUAAAAUGAACACAGAUAACAGAGGACAUUUUCUUGUGUUUGAGUUUGCUAUAAAAACAGUGACAUUGUCUUAAGCAGUGAUGUGUUUACAUUUUGACACAAGACGUUUGUUUGUGGUGUCCAUUUUUUUCAUAUGUAUGUAUGUCACCUUGAAAUUAUCCAUUUGUAUUGUCCCAAAAAGUAUCAAUAAAGCUGACAGAGAUCUACUCUU